CCGGGGCGUCACGGGCGCACCGCGUGCUCCUGCCCGUCGAGCUGCUGGUGGCUCGCUGCACCGGCGUAUAUAAAUGGUAGAAAGGCGAAGUGCAGUUGAACAGUGACACGCAUCUCGACACGCAGCAGCAGCAGCAGCAACCGGUCAAGUCAUGCUGAGGAUCGUGUGCGUGGUGGUCGCCGUCGCGGCCCUGGCGAGCGGCGCCCCUAGCGGCCUGAGGCUGGCUGGGCUGACCCUGGUGCAGAGCCCCGCCCCCGCGGCCACCACCGUCAUCGCCGCGCCCGCCACACUCGGCGCCACCAUCAUCGCGCCCCAGGCCCCGGCCGCCCUGGUCGCCGCCCCCGCCAUCGCCGCCGCCCCCACGACCCUCAUCGCUGGCCCUCGAGCUGCCUCUGCCACGAUUAUCGGCCCCCAGGCCGCCCCCGCUCUCGUCGCCGGGCCCGCCCCCGCAGCCACCGCCAUCGUCGCCCCUGCCGCGGUCGCGGCCCCUACGACCGUGGUGGCUGGCCCGGUCUCGCCCCCCGUCGUUGUGGCCGGCCCGACAGCCAGCAGCGCGACCAUCGUCGGGCCCCAGGAGGCGCCUGUGAACAUCGUUGGGCCCCAAGCCGCUCCAGCGACGCUCGUGGCCCCGGCCCCGGCCCCCGUCACCCUGGUGGCGCCCGCUCAGGCCCCCGCCACGCUCGUGGCCGCUGCUCCCGCCGUCAAGCUGGUCGCCGCCGCUCCCGCAGCCACUCUGGUGGCGGCCCCCGCGCCCGCGACCACCAUCCUGGGCAUCCCACAGGGCAUCAACCUGGCCGGCAUCGACAUCCGCACCCUGAGCGCCCACUGAAGUUGUAAGAAUGUGAUUGACAAUAAAGACGAUAAUCUUUCGAGACAAUAA